AUGCCUGAAAGUCAAGGGUCAAGGCCGGCGGAGACGGACCUCUCACAGCUGUCGUGUAUUUCAUGCCGGGCUCGAAAGCUGAAGUGCGAUCGUACUAUGCCGGCGUGUUUUCGAUGCGCCAAGGUCGAUAGCGAUUGCGUCUAUCCUGAGUCGAGGAGGAAGCGCAUCUUCAAGAGGAAGAAUGUGAAAGAAAUGGAGGAACAGCUAGCCCGGCUUGAAAAGCAACUGAACCUACAUGUAGUCAAUGGUGAAACGAGCCGGGGCACUACGCGCACCAAUCCCGCGUCUGACCGUCUGCUCAGAGAGAUGAGUAUCACAGUCGAUGCACAGCAAUAUGAGUUGCCCAACUCCGGGUCUAGCUAUGACUGGGUCUGUGAUGGCCAACUAAUAGACCUCGGAGUAUCAGAGCCGCUGCCCCCCUUCGAAGUAAUGGAAGAACUGCACGACAUUUAUUUCCGAAAUCAACACCAUUCGAUGCCGAUACUGCAUCCCGCGCUGUAUCUACAAGCCAUACAUGGGCCGCCAAACAAACGGCCACCGAUGUGCUUGCAGUACAUUGUUUGGGCUACGGCAUCAAAAGGAAAUGAGAAAUACGACUUCUAUGCAGAUGCGUUCUACAAGCGGGCGCGACAAUAUGCCAACGCGGAUGAGAUGCAGGGCGAUGGAGAUCAUUUGACCCUCCGCCAUUUACAGACAUAUAUCAUUAUGGCCGGGUUUGAAGCGAAAUGCAUGCUCUUUACAAGAGCGUCCAUGAACUCGGCCAAGUCUGUCAGCCUCGUGCACUCUCUGGGUCUUGAUCGAGUUGACGAUCCAGACGUUUCGCCAGCAUCAACCGCAAUGUCCUCGGCAGCCUGGAUUGAGAUUGAGCAGCAGCGGAGAGGGUUCUGGGGCGCCUUUGCUAUCGACUCGCAUGCUAGUAUAUCCACGGGAUGGGCUAGUUUGAUAUAUUCCAAUGACCUUAUGACACGGCUUCCUGCAUCGGAAGAUGCGUUCUUAUUUGGACAGAAAGAAGAUGCUCCAUUUCUCGAUGAAGUUUUCCAGGGGGCCUCCCACUCUGCUUUUGCUACCACGCUUAUCAUUUGUCACAUCUUCAAAACUACUCUAAAUCAUACCUCUGGCCGCUCUCAUGGCGCUGCAUUCUGGAAGCGCCACAAAGACCUUGAUCAUAAAAUUUCCAGCACCUUCAUGUUUCUACCGGAGCGGUUUCAGUCGCCGGACUACAAAUGUGACCAUGUCGCAGCCCAUACCAACCUGAACUUGCACGCCACCACCAUUUGCCUUCACUACGCGGCCGUUGAGAUGAUGGACAAGCAUAGUCACUCUGAAGCUACCAAACAGCAAAGCUUGGGCAGGAUGAGAAUCAGCGCGGAGGUAAUUGUGGAAAUCAUUAAGGCCAUUUCUCCCCAUUCAUUGAUAUAUAAAUCUGUGUUAUGCGCUCUGUCACUAUACUGCGCAGCAAGCGUGUACAUGUACCUUGCCAGGGAUAGUCCGACCGAAGGAUUGCCUGUGAAUGAGUUGGUUAAUUUUGAGACGAUUCUCCGCUCUAUGGAAACCACCGGUCACGACCACAAGAUCACGCGAGCUCUCCUGCUGCAGGUCUACCGGGAUGCGGAACGUUACGGGUUGAGUUCCAUCCUGCAUUUGCCUGAUACUGGGCAGAUCACAGAAGUUGACCUAGGAUAUUGCCCGAGCGUUUUUAUGAGCGUGAAAAUCGCCAUGAUAAGGCAACCCAUCAUUGGCCCUCUCCAGGUAGGAAGGCUGCCAUUGGGUGCAGCAGGAGAUCUGGCCUUUCAAGACUUGACGUAUGAUACCCUGGAAAAUCCAUUGGACCCGCCAGAUAUCAGCACAUACACGGAGGGCAGCAUAAAUAUUGGACAGCAGCUCCAAGAUAUCUCAAUGCCAUUAUGGACACAGAGCGGCAAUGGCCUCUCAUCACAGAUGUUGGAAUCGAUGACGAGUCACGGCCCUACUCUGAAUGAUGGCUUCGAAUUGGAACUUAUAUAA